AUGAGUGGUGACGGAGACAAACCUGCGCCGGCGCCGACGAAACUAGGCGAUGAGCAAUUAGCAGAGCUCCGGGAGAUUUUCCGAUCAUUUGACCAGAACAAGGAUGGAAGUUUGACGGAGCUCGAGUUAGCCUCGCUUCUCAGAUCUCUCGGUCUAAAGCCGAGUCAAGACCAACUCGACACUCUGCUCCAGAAAGCAGAUCGGAACAACAACGGAAUGAUCGAGUUCUCCGAGUUCGUCGCCCUCGUCGAACCAGAUCUUGUCAAGUGUCCGUACACGGAUGAGCAGCUCAAAGCGAUCUUCAAAAUGUUCGAUCGCGACGGGAACGGCUACAUAACGGCGGCUGAGUUAGCGCACUCGAUGGCGAAGCUAGGUCACGCGUUGACGGCGGAGGAGUUAACGGGGAUGAUCAAGGAAGCAGAUCGAGACGGUGACGGUUGUAUCGAUUUCCAAGAGUUUGUUCAGGCGAUUACUUCAGCUGCAUUUGACAAUGCUUGGGGAUGA